AUGUCAGAACCAAACCCUCAGUCAAAUUCCCCUCUUAUCAAACUCCCCCGCGAAGUCCGCGAUGCCAUCUACCUCGAAGUCUGGCGCUUCACCGGUCUCCGCCAACACAUUGUAGCCCACUGGGGAGCCUCAGACUCUCAAGACGCCAAACCCCAUUACUGCCGCUGGAAAUGCUGCACAGAAUUCGAGGUUGAGGACCGGCUACAAGAGCUAAUCGAAAACGUCCGGAUCCAGAAAGGAAUACCUCUAGGUGACCACAUCAAGGGCAGCCCCGUCUCUGCUCGUCUUGACUACCAGGGCCUUCUCUCCUCACCAUGGGAUAACCACUGGAAAUGCUGGCUUGAAAUCGCAGAGGGGUAUGGCAGAGAAUACAAACCGGCCUCUGUUGGCCCGGUUACUGGUCAUUCUGUCAGCACAUCGGGCUGUCGCUGUUGGAAAGACCUAGCCAAAGAUCCCGAAGAUUCCAAAGCAUACUGGGAUCGAAAGCCUACAGCACCACCACCCAAGCCUCCCAGUAGAUGGAAACGAGCUGUGGAAAAGGUCAAAAAGGUCAAGGAAGCAAUUAGACCACCACCACCACCUUCACCUUCCCCCGAACCGACCUGGACUGGUAGCCCUUAUAUGCCAAUGUUGCUGUGCUGCAAGCUCUUGUCUCCUGAAAUCAUCGAGUCUCUGUACAGGUCAACCACCUUUAUAUUCACAGACCUGAAGGCUUGGCAGUUCUGGCUAGGUUACUGUGAACCACACCCACAAAAAUCAGAUUGGCCAGAUCUUGGAGAAGCACCUCGAGCAUUUCUCAACUACACCAAGAGCAUCGAACUAUGCCUCCACCCAUCUUUUAGAUUCGAGGUACCUUGUACAGUCCCAGCACUGUGCGCUCACCCAGAACAACUCCACGACCCGUACGACUUUCACUGGCUUAGCAUUGACCGGUUCCAAAACCUCAGGAGUCUAAAGAUUUGGAUGUCUGCUCGAACUCUCUCCGAGUUCCAAAGGCAGUCCCCCAAUCAAUGGAGGCACCACAGGAUUGAUCAAUUCAGCAUGGACGAGCUUCGAAAGACAUUCUCCUCUUUUGACAACCUGGAUGAAUUCAUCAUCAGCACCCCUCUUGCUGAAAAUAUUGGGCCAGAAGAUGGAUAUGUACAAGACGUCAUGAAGCAACCAAAUCAUCAUAUCUGGAAGAGAGGCACUGGCGAUCAUUUUCAUCCGCUGAUGGACAUGGAUCUUGGCACAGGUGGGCCUAUCACUCAAGUCAUCACAAAUCCUGAAAGAACGGUGCAUCCGUGGACCUAUCAGCUAUCUGUCUCUUACUCUUUCCGUCUCACGGGGCUUAUAUAA